UCUUAAAAAUGCUGUCCUUUCUCGUUGCUUUAGCUGUAAUUACUUGGCCAGGAUGUCUUGGCUCCAAUAAUGUGUACAAUCUUAAUGAACGGGACUUCGAAGGGUACAUCCGGGACAAAGACAUAAUGCUGGUAGAUUUUUACGCGCCUUGGUGUACGCAUUGUAAAGAACUGAGUCCCGAGAUUGAUGCAGCCGCUGACCAACUCGCCUCAAAGAAUAUGUAUGUGUUUGCAAAGGUGGACUGUGUCAACGACGGCAAACAGUUGUGUCAGCGGUUUAACAUACAGGGUUAUCCCACAAUUAAGUUGUUCAAGUAUGGUCAAUACGUUGGAGAUUAUGUUGGACAGCGAGACAGAGGCUCACUGAUGCAGUAUGUGGAUUCGGUGGCCUCAACGUUCUCGCAACGUGCACCGCUGGUCAACAGUUUGGCUACACCUUUGGCUCAGUCAAUUAACUACAGGCCUCACGCUCAAUUAUUAGCUUCGCACCAUGCUCCUGCAAUUCAGGCAGCAGCCGCGGCCGCUGCGCCGACUUUCGCCAAUCAAGCAAACAUGCACGCGAAGAACCCAUCUCUUAUGAACUCGUUUUACGGUGCGUCAGCGCAUGCGCAUCAUCCAGCUAACCUGGCCGCUUUUCUGGGCAAGCAACAAGCGAGCCCAGACUCUUUGCAGUCGAAAUUUGGUAGUUUGUCGUCACUCGACAUUUAUAGAGCUAAACUUAAAAUGAUCGCAGCCUACAAGAACUAUCAGCGUCGCCUUAAAGAGUACAGAAUGAAACUGACGGCAAGUAAAGCAAACGUGAAUCCCAAUCCGCAAGCUUUUCCGGGCGCGGUUACUCAUCCGCCUCGCCCCGGUGUAAAUGCAUUCGCUCAGCCCCAGCCUUAUCGCGGGUAUUAUCGACCAGAGGCCCUGGCAGCCCAGAAUGUGCAGAUCAACCGUGCGUAUCCCCAAGCUGGAUACGGUGUGAAUACCAUGGGUUAUCCCAACCAGUUUGGUAGUCCUUACGGAUAUCAAGCUAUGGCCAGUAGUCCGUAUUACAGAAGUAAAAUGGGUCACGGGAAAGAGCAGCAUCUUGGGAAGCAAAGGAGACCUGCACCGCGCCCUGCUGCUGUCAGAAAACCUGCCUACAACCGUCGACCUGGUACAGCUCGAGUCAACAGCCAGGCAGCUUAUUAUAACAAUCAACAACACCAGCGACAGCAGCAAUUUAAACAAGGUUCCCGGCAGCAAUACUACCGACAGCCAAAGCAACAGAGACAACAGUUCACACAGAAGUCACAACAGCAGUUUCAACAGGAGCCACAGCAAAACCAGCAGCAACAGCAAUUUCAACAGGAGCCACAGCAAAACCAGCAGCAACAGCAAUUUCAACAAGAGCCCCAGCAACACCAGCAAAAACAACAACAACAGCUUCAACAAGAGCCACAACAACAAUUUCAGCAAGAGCCGCGAAAACAAUUUCAGCAAGAGCCACAGAGAGACCAACAAACCUACAAGCAGCAGCAGCAGGCUCAACCUGAGGAGAAGUUUCCUUUAUCUCUCCCUGAACAGCCAAGCAGUGCGCCAUCAAAACCAGACACUUCAGCUCUGAAAGAUCUGAAAGCAGACAUUGAGAGCGCCAUCCAGGAUGCCCUUAGGAAUGCUGUGUCAAAAAGUGCACAGAAGGCUAAGCCCAGUGAGGAGGUACACGUUGAUGGUGAAAGGGCUAAGCCCCAGGUCCCUGCAGCGUCUCCUGAACAAGUGGGAUCUGGUUCUGGGGUCCAGACACAAAAUACACCUCACCAGGGUAGCACUGAGGAUGCUAUGACUGGCGAGACCCACAGUGGUAGUGGGUCGGGUUUAAAACCUGAAUCCCGGUGAAGAGCUAAACUAAGAGGCGAGAGACACCUAACGUUAU